AUUAAGUAAGUAGCCUCCUCCUCUUCCCCAUCUCUCUCUCUCUCUCUCUCUCUUUCUCAAAACUCUGUCUCCAAAAAUGGCAGAGCCAAGUUUCUAUAUUGGAGUCAUAGGAAAUGUAAUCUCCGUUCUCGUCUUCCUCUCACCAGUGGAGACGUUUUGGAAAAUAGUGAAGCGGAGAUCGACGGAGGAGUACAAAAGCUUGCCAUAUAUUUGCACGUUGCUAGGAUCGUCUUUAUGGACAUAUUACGGCAUCGUUACUCCCGGAGAGUAUCUUGUUUCCACCGUCAAUGGAUUUGGUGCUUUUGUUGAAACCAUCUACGUUUCACUUUUUCUCUUUUAUGCCCCUCGACAUCUCAAGUUGAACACAAUAAUAGUGGUAGCGAUGUUGAACGUAUUCUUCCCAAUCGUAGCGAUUGUAGCAACGAGAAGUGCGUUCGAAGAUGAGAAGAUGCGUUCUCAAUCGAUAGGUUUCAUAUCUGCUGGUCUAAAUAUUAUAAUGUAUGGUUCUCCUCUUUCUGCUAUGAAAACAGUAGUGACGACAAAGAGCGUGAAAUACAUGCCGUUUUGGUUGUCGUUUUUUCUCUUCUUAAACGGCGCGAUUUGGGCUGUUUAUGCUUCACUCCAACACGACGUCUUCUUACUCGUGCCAAAUGGAGUAGGGUUUGUGUUUGGGACAAUGCAACUCAUACUUUAUGGAAUUUAUAGAAAUGCCAAACCGGUUGGUUUAAGCAACGGCGUUAGUGAGAUUGCUCAAGAUGAAGAGGAAGGUCUCACAUCACGUGAUGUCCCUCUCCUCUCUUAAAUCUAUUUCUCUUUCGUUUUACAACAAAUCAGUUUACUAGAUUUUUUUUUUUUUGUUUUAUAUCGUGAAGAGCUUGUUAAUCUGGGUCUCAUAGUUAUAAAUAUAAAUCUUUCUAUUUUUGUGUCCAUCUAUUGUGGUGUGCGAUUUUGUGUACGUUAGUUUUUGGAUAAAAUUAGAUUAAUUUAGAGAUGGAGUAUUACAUAUU